AUGGCUAUAAAAGAGUCGGUGACUCUGGUGCAUCUCAGCAUCACCUGCACUCUCAUCCCGAAGAAGCAGGAGAAGGACACUGGCUUAGGACGCUACUGGGUAAGCCUGGAGGUCAUGACCUAUGGGGAAGAGGCAUUGGAUGAAAAUAGCUUUCUUUUGGUUGAAAAAUGUUUAAUUUUACACAAACAAAGAUUACAAAGUGUAUUUAUUUAUGCUUAUUCUUUCUCAGAUAAAGACCUCCAUGAUGAAGAAAGCAGAAGAGGUGAUGGGGAGGAACAAGAAGGUUCUGGGAGGCAGUUGGAAAGGGUGAUUCGAUCGCCCCGCAGUACUGAAUCUCCAUGUGCUCUGCACUCCAUCCUGCUGCAAGUGCGAGACCUCGGACUGGGCUACGAUUCUGAUGAGACGGUGCUGUUUAAGUACUGCAGCGGGACCUGCCCUCGCCUUGCCUCGAACCAUGACCUCACGCUCACUAACCUCCUACAGAGCGGCGUCCUUCAAUACACCGGCCAAUGGCACCAUCAGCCUUGUUGUCGCCCCACACACCACGAAGACAUAGCCUUUCUGGACAACCACCAUCGCUGGCACAAAGUGGAGAAACUGGCCGCCGGUGGUUGUGUCUGUAUGGGGUAAAGAUGAGGAUGGACAGCCAAAAUCUUGUCCUGUUGGUUUAGAGACUGUACUACAAAGUGCCUUGAAUUUAAAUAAAAGGCUGUUAAAGGUACAUUAUUUCAGGAAGAAUAAUAUGUAUGUAUGGAGACGUACCAAGUUGUAUAUGUUGCUAUCUCCUGA